AUGAGACCUAAUAACAGUGUUACAGAAUUUGUCCUCCUGGGCUUUUCACAGGAUCCUGAUGUACAAAACACAUUAUUUGUCAUGUUUUUACUCACAUACAUUGUGACAGUGGUGGGCAACCUACUCGUUGUGGUGACUAUUAUUGUCAGCCCUUCCUUGGGCUCCCCAAUGUACUUCUUCCUUGCUUGCCUGUCAUUAAUAGAUGCUGUAUUAUCCACCACCAUUUCUCCCAUAUUGAUUGUAGACUUACUCUGUGACAAAAAGACUAUUUCCUUCCCAGCUUGCAUGGGCCAGCUAUUUACAGACCACUUGUUUGGUGGAACUGAGAUCUUCCUUCUGGUGGUGAUGGCCUAUGAUCGCUACGUGGCCAUCUGUAAGCCACUGCACUAUUUAACCAUCAUGAAUCGACAGGUUUCCAUCCUUCUGUUGGUGGUGGCCAUGACUGGAGGUUUCCUUCAUUCUGUGUUUCAAAUUGUUGUUCUGCACAGUCUCCCUUUCUGUGGCCCCAAUGUCAUUGACCACUUUUUCUGUGACAUGUACCCAUUAUUGGAACUGGCGUGCACUGACACCUACUUUAUAGGCCUCGCUGUAGUUUUCAAUGGUGGAGCAAUGUGUAUGGUCAUCUUCACCCUUCUACUAAUCUCCUAUGGAGUCAGCCUAAACUCCCUUAAAACUUAUAGUCAGGAAGGGAGGCGUAAAGCCCUGUCUACCUGCAGCUCGCACAUCACCAUGGUUGUCCUCUUUUUUGUUCCCUGUAUUUUCAUGUAUGUUAGACCUGUCUCAAACUUCCCUAUUGAUAAAUUCGUUACUGUGUUUUAUACAGUUAUCAUGCCCAUGCUGAAUCCUUUUUUAUACACGUUGAGAAAUUCAGAGAUGAGAAAUGCUAUAAAACACCUGUUGUGUAAAAAGCUAACUAUAGUUAGAAUAAGAGUGUCCCUCCUCAUGUAG